AUGGUGCAGCACGAGGACUCAACAUGGUUCCCGGAGUUCAAGGCUGCUGCAGUGGUCCGGGAUGCCGAGUCCGCGCGUGUCGUUUUUGCCCGUGUCAGGGGCUAUCCUGCGUGGCCGGCCCAGGUCCUCACCAAGCAGUUUGCCCGCGCCCACCUCGGCGGCGUCGCCCACAAGAGCCAGAGCGACGUCCCCGUCAUCUUCUUCGGCACGUCCGAGAUCGCGUGGGUCAACCCGCGCGACGUCGUGCAGUGGGGCGACGGCGUGGCGCAGCAGUUGCACCACAAGGGCAGGAAGAACAAGAAGUUUGUCGUGGCGUUGGAGCAGCUGCGCGAGUUCCUGGCUUUAGCCGGGCCCCGCCACGCCCCCGCCGGCUGGUGGUGUGCGCCGCCAGAGGUCGGCACAGAGGCGGUCCUUGAGAUCGCGGCCGAGGAUGAGCCGGGUGCAGAGGUCGAGGAGGAGAACGAGCUGAAGCAGGAGCAGCAGGGGCAGGAGCAGCUCCCGCAGGCGGAGGAGGAGAGGGCGCCCGCAAAACGCCAGCCGCGCGCCCGCUCGAGCGGCGGCGGUGCGCGGGCGCGGAAGGCGUUGGAGGAGGGCGGCGGGCGGCGCGCAGAGGCGACCAAGCGGGAGGCUGAGGAGCGGAAGGCUGAAGAGGAGGACGAGGAGUUGGAUCAGCAGGAGGAGCACGUCGCAGCUGCUCAGGGCGGCGACGACGACAGCGACUUUGAGAGCGGCGCGGAGCGCGCGCGCCGGCGACGCAGCGCGGCCCGGCGCGCCGCGAAGCAGCCUGACGCGCGGCCGCGCGCGCGGCGGGGCAGCAGCUCCGGCGGCGCCGCGCGGCGGCGGCGCAAUGGUGUGAAGCGCGAGGCUUCGUCGGAAGAGGACGAGGGCGAAGCGGAGGCGGGUGGCGGGCACAGCCAAGAGGACGCUGCGGCGCCUGAGAAGGCGCCAGACGCGGAGGGCGAGACCGGAGCCGCGGACCCCGCCCCGGCGGCCGAGGACGUGGCGGCGGCUGCCAGCGGCAGCGCUCCUGCCGCAGAUGUAGAUGCCGACGACGACGCGGCCGACCUGCCCUGUGACCUUGACCCGGCUGCUGCUGCUGCGGCGCCGCCAGUGCUCGACAGCGGCGCGGCCGGCCGCACGUGGCUGGACCGCUACGGCUCUGACGCGGUGGACGGCCCCUCCAAGGGCCUGCGCGGCAGCGCUCUUGCGCGCGCGGCCGUGCAGCUGGCCGCCGCCGCGCAGCGCUCGCAGGAGGACGAGCUGCGGCGCUACGUCGCGGCGCAGGCGGCGGAGGCGGAGGCGGACGGCGGCGGGUGGGCGCACGCGUACGACUGGGAGGGGGACGACGCGGAGU